GCGCAUGCGUAACAAAAACUAAGCAUGGAAGCUCAGAAACAGGAUCAUACUUCCCUGCCACUGCCAACCGUAGAGGCCGUCCUAGACAAGGUGAAAUCGGACGGAACCUUUGACCAGUUCAGAAAGACCUGUUUAGCUGCAGUGGAGGCCGAGCCGUCAAUGAGAGCCUACGGCGAGCAGAUAGAGGUGUUGUCCCGACGCUACCUGCAGGACCACCGCCACAAGUGGAGCGACAACAUCACAAAGAACGAAGUCCGGGCGAAACUCAAGGACUACAUUGUCAAAAUGAUAGCAAAUCCAGAUGUAGGGAUCAGUAUUCCAGUGCAGAACAUGGUGGAGAACUCGCUGGAGAAGAAAGGGCCCAAGGUCCUAUUGCCUCAGAUCGUGGACACCAUGAAAGCGCUCCAGAAGGUUGCACAGGAAGACGCCGCCACAACCUCAACGCCGUCGUCUACAGCCACACCCACCAGCAAUGCUCCUUCUGCCACCCCACCUGAGAAGACCGGCGGCAAUCCCGAAGUUGUCGGAGCGUUGGAUCUACCCCUGCCCAUCAGCAUCCCAGGUCUCAACACUGGCAGAAAGGAGACUAGUGGGGGAGGCAGCGAGCAGGGGGUUAAAGUUGGAACAAAAAAGGACGGUACAGGUGAACAAGCAACGGUCAAAGUGAAACCAAAGGCAAAGACUGGAGCCAGUGAGCCCACUAGCUCUACCUCCACUACUACUACUAAUACAGGAGGAGGAGGGAAGGUGGGUAAACCUGGAGCACAGAAAAACAACACCCAGGGAAAAGUGGCUGGGUCGAAGCAAAAAGAAAAGGAGGACAAGAGCCCGGCCGAAGAGAAGGUUGAAGGGAGAGAGAAAGAGUCUACCGAUGUCGAAAAUGGCCUUGCAGUAAAGGAGAAAGGAAAAGGGGGCACGGCUGGUAGUAAAGGAAAGAAGGUGGUGAAGGAGGAAAAACCAAAGGAGACGACGGCCAAGCAGACAGAGGAAAAGACAGGUGCAAGAGACGAGAGUGCUGUCGUAGCCAGAGAGGAAGCUAAGCCUGAAACAACUGGAAGAAGUGAGGUAGUGGCAAAGGAGGGUCAGAAAGAUCCCGCAAAAAAGACCAGUGCAAAAGAUGAGAGUGCUAAUGCUGGUAAAGAGACCAAGCCAGAAAUGGAAGCAAAGGUUGAGACGGAGAAGGUGAAAAAAUCAGACACAAAGGUGGAUGCAGAGGAGAAGGCCGAAGCCAAUGAGGAGGGAAGAGAAGAGGAAGGGAACGACGCAGCAAGUGAUCCAGUGAUGACGGGAGGCAGCUCGCAUCGCCGGAAACAGUCUCUCCCCAAGAGAAGAAGUGCCCGACUGGCCUCUGUGAACGAAGAUUCAAGCGACGAAAAGACCAACAAGACAGCUAGCGAAAAGACCACAACCAACACACCCACCAGCACCAGCAAGAGUCAAGGUGAGGCGACCGGCUCUGCCAAAGACAGCGAUUCUGGGUGUGGUACAGCUGCUGCACCAUUUGGACGUCGCGGCAGGAAGAUGGCAAUAGUCCUGGAAAGGACAAAGUUUUCUCCAAAGACCAGUGGGGGUGGUCGCAAGAGACUGCGUGUGCUGGAGUCCAGCUCCGAUGAAGACUCAGCGAGCACACGGCGGCACGGUAACUCGGAUGACGAGAAGGGAUACGAGUCAGAGACGGAACAGCUGGUGAAAGAGGAGGACAAGGAGGUGGAAGGGGAGGGAAGGAGAAGGAAGAGAAAGCGAGGGAGGGACCGGGAUAAGAGGUCAGGGCAGGCAGAGAGCUCUCUGUCGCAGUCGAGUGAGCCUCAGAGCUGGUCGAAGAGACUCGUGGGACAGAAGAGGGCUCUGGAAGUGAGGGAAGAGGUGGCAGGAGGCAACAACAAGAGUAGGUCCAGCAGCCCUGCACAAAAGAAAGCGAAGGGAAAGUCGAGCGGAAAACAAAUGCAAGAAGACAGGAAACUAUCUCCCGCUUUCAAACAGAAAUCCCCAUCCCCUGUGGUAGUCACAAGGUACAACCGGAGGGUAAAACCCAAUCGACGCUAUACGUCUCCCACUAGAGGGAGUGGCAGCAGCUCCUCCCAUGAUGAAUCUGGACAAAACAUUGACUCUUAAACUCUUGUCAUAAAAAAAUGUGGAGAUGAUUUUUAGGUGAUGAUUUGUAGGUGAAGAUUUGCGAGUCAGUCAUUUUUUGUCAAACCACUCAAGUCUGCAGUCUGUAGUAAUGUCCUCACUUCCUCCUCCCUCCCCUCCUCCCCUCUUCAACCUGUCACCUCCCUCCCGUCCUCCCCACCAAACCACACCUCCCUGCUGGGUCCCGACACACACUCCCCCCACUCUGCCA